AAGCGGAACGAUUAUUGAUCCUUGAACCAUAAACAGUGGCUGCAGUACACUCUAUUGAAAAGAUUACAAUACAUCCGACAUUGACAGUAUAUUAAUCAUAUGACCUCAUCAUUGCUUUGCUCACAAGUUGAAUGCAACAUGCCAUUAAAUUUACUAAAAUACUGUACUUUGUGACAAGUAACCAAUGAUAUCAUUAACAUUAUAACGAAAAUGCUUGCUUUUAGGUGCAUUACUACUGAAAAGAUUCAUGAAUGACUUCUGGCUUUUACACCUCAGUAUGCUCUCAACUGUGCUAUUCCUAACCGUGAGUGCGCUUGCGCAGACAACUCUUCUCGCAUUUGUCGGGGCAGCACUCGGAAUCUUCAAGUCUAUAUUUGCGCCAGCCUGUCGAUCAAUUGCUUCAAAAAUGUCUUUGCCCGAAGAACAAGGGGCAGUAUUCGGGUGUCUUGGGUUUUCGCAUUCACUUGCUGUCUUCCUCAGUCCACUUGUUCUAAAUAACAUCUAUGCAGCUACAGUCAGCACUUUGCCAACCUUUGUAUUUUGGUCAUGUGCAGGAGUUUGUCUGUUACCAAUAAUCUCAAUCGUGUACAUGCAAUAUAACAACAAGAUUGAACAGAUGAAGAAACUGGAAUGUUCAUUAACAUCAGAGCGAGAAAACGAUGUAUUUGUAAACUAAAUUGUAGAAUGAUAUUCAGAAAAUUUCUUCUUAUAGGCCUAAUAUGAAUGCGUCUUUUCAUGUUGGCCAAAGUUCCACAGCAUUCUUAAAUUCAAAGGAAAGUUGGAUCCCCAUAUUUAUUUAUAUUAUUAUUUUGUAUUUAUUUCGUAGCCGACAACAAUUGUUCCAUUUUAUUUAUUUCAUGUCUUUUUGAUUAUGUUAUGUUGGUUAUACUACUAGACUAGCACCCGCAAUGUUUUCGAAUGGGUAACUCUUACAGCAGCUGUUAAGUUGCAGAGACCCAGUCAUCUCACUCUCUAAAAGUGCUGUGGCAGUAGCAUCUAAACUGUGUGGAUGAUAAAUAAUAAGAAACCAUUUAUGAAGUAUAUCAAUUCAAUGUAAUAGGCCUCGUUAUAGACUCAUUCAUACUAUGUUCCUUCAGGAAAAGUUCUUCCAGAACGACAUACACAUGUAAACGUGUGUGUUUCAGGACAAGCUUUUUUCUGGCUAUUGAAUAACACGCUCUGAUUGGUCAGAUGUCUGAUUGACUGACAUUCUACUGACCCUCUGAUUUAAGCCCAGGACCCAGGGCAGUCUGCUUAUAGCACUAUGAAACCAAAACCACGAAUUUAUAGCAGAAAGUUUAAUGAUUUGUAGGAAAAUAAUCAUAUACAAAACGAAUAAUUAUUGAUUAUUAUAAUGGUUACAAAAAUAUUGAUUAUACAGUAUCAACAUAGCUCGGUUUCAAUACACAUCCAGUUACGGCCGUGACACAUUCAAUGUGGUAAAAGAGAAAUUUAAUUGCUAAAUAUUUAAAGUGGUUUAGUUUCAUAUUUUGCCCAUUUGAGAGAUUCAUAUGGUAUUGUAGGUCUAUGGGGAAUGGUCAGUUGCAGUCACGUGAUGUUUCAUAUAUAAUCAUGUACACUCCACACACGCACGCUAGUAAGCUUGAUUAUAAGAAAGUGCAUAUAAAAAUAACAUAGAGACAUAGAACUAAUGGAACAAACAGUAACAAUAAUGAGAUAUAUUAUUUUUAUUGGUUGCCUUCCUUCAGUUUUCGUGACAUGCUCUUUUCUCAUAUCGGCCCUAAACCGCUCCUGCUAUUUUUUCUCCAAAAUAAUGACAUCACUUUACUGCACUCAGUUUAUAUUUCAUUUGAAUUGCUGUAUACUUGCUUGAAGUACAGUAGUUAAAUAAAAUUACAAAGGAAUAAAACACAUAUGAUCCAGAAAUCAAAUCCAUUACCUUAGCCUUUAAAAAAAAAUUGAGGAUGUUUACAUUCUAAGUUGUGGUGGAGUUAUAAGCUAACUAGACCUAGCUGCGGAAAAAAACUGCAGUACAUAAGAAAACCGGAUCGAUAUCACUUGUUUUGUUUAAAAUAUACUUAUAAUAAACAAUACAAUGGACCUAGA